CACACAGGCUGUGUUUGCGUGCUUGUAUUUCAGCCGCGGCAGCCGCGGCAGCCCGCAUCGCUGGACACAAGUCUCUCUCGACGCCGCCGACGCGCCUGCGCCAGCGAUCAGCACGGUACCGAUGGCACCAUUCCCCCACGAGCUCGGCAUCGGGACCAAUAAGUGGAAGCUAAAGCACAUCGACGCGGUCCAGGCGACCUUCGGCGCGGCCUUGGACGCGGGCAUCUCGUUGUUCGACACGGCGCAGUGCUACGCCUCGAGCGAGGCCUGUCUCGGCUACGUGCGGAAGCGCGACCGCGAGCCGUUCGUCGUUACCAAGUUCGACAGUCUGCGCGGCGGCCCGGACCGCCUCAUACCAACAUUACGCAAGAGCCUGUUUGACUUGGAUCUGGAGUGUGUCGACGCUUAUUUGGUGCACUUUCCCCGCGGCGAUGUCGAGGCGCUGGCGGCGGCUUUGGCAGAAGCGGUCGAGCUUGGUUUAACGAAGCGCGUCGGCUGCUCGAAUUUUGGGCGUUCGGAAAUGCUCGAGCUGCGCCGUGCUUUAAUGAAGCGGGGCGUGUCCCUUGAUAUUGUGGAGAUCGAGUUCUCGUUGUUGAGGCGGCGGACCGAGGCUUUAGUAAACGAGUGCAGGGAUCUAGGCAUCACCGUGCUCGCGUGGGCGCCGCUGGGCUCGGGACGCCUCGUCCACGCAUGCACGGACGCGCGGACGCGGGCCGUGGCCGGCAUGCUCGCCGUGAUCGCGCGGCGCCGCGGGAGGACGCCGGCGCAGGUGGCCCUGAACUGGGUCAUCUGCAAGGGCGCCGUGCCCAUCCCCGGCGCGCGGACGAAGGCGCAGGCCGUCGAGAACUGCGGCGCGGCGGGCUGGCGGCUGUCGCCGGAAGACGUCCAGGCGCUCGACGCCGUCGCCGUGCUGGACGGGGGGUACUACAACGACCCCGAGGCCGUCCUGACGUUCCUGCGCCUGCAAAUACGCUUGCCGGCGUUCUUCCGAGGCGUCGUCCACGCGGUCGUGCGCUUUUGCCUUCGCGUCGGGGCGUACUUCCUGCCGCUGCAGCGGGAUGACGCCUAG